AUGAGCAAACAAAAAUCGACAACAACUGUUAUCAGUGGUGCAGCAGCGAUGCCUAGCACCACCACUAUGACCAACGCGAACAAUCGUGCUGCUGCUGUGCUGCCUCGACCUAGGCGCCGAGAGCUUCAAAACUCUCUGUUGGUAUGGCUUGAUACCGAUUUUGACGAAUCCAAAGACAAUUAUAAAAUAUCAAUACAACAUUUACGAAAUAUUUUAGAAACAGUGACAACAUUUACAGACAUUGAUGAAUGUAUUGAUUUUCUAAGUGAUAUUGAAAAUAAAAAUGUAUUUAUGAUCAUCUCUGGUGCGCUGGGACAACAUUUAAUACCGGUUAUUCAAGAAUGCCCACAGUUAGUCUCAAUUUAUAUUUUUUGCGAUAACGAAGUGAUUCAUGAACGAUGGGCCAAAACAAUGGCCAAAGUAAAAGGUGUAUACACACAAAUCGAGCCGAUUUGUAAAGAAUUACAAAUCGAUAGAAGAAAUUGUGAUCAAGAUAUGAUCUCGAUCAGUUUUAAUCGUAUUGAUCCGUUGUUUAUGUAUACACAAUUGCUAAAAGAAGCACUUUUGGAAAUAGAAGAUGACGAUGUCAAAUCAAUUAAAGAACUUGUUGAAUACUGUCGUCUUCAAGACGAUGUUUCCAAAACAACACUUGACAAGAUCGAACGAGAAUAUCGUAAUCAUUCGCCUAUUUGGUGGUACACAGGCCCAUAUUUUAUUUACUCAAUGCUCAAUGGUGGUCUUCGACAAAUGGAUGUCGAUAUAAUCCUGAAGAUGGGUUUCUUCAUUCGCCAUCUACAUCAACAUAUUACAAAAUUCCAUUAUGAACAACAAGGAAACAUGCCAACAAAAUUUCAAGUCUUUCGUGGACAAGGUUUGUCCAUGGAAGAUUUUGAAAAAAUGAAAAAAACCAAAGGAGGACUUAUGUCCUUCAACAAUUUCCUGUCGACAAGUCGCAAACGCGAGAUUUCACUGAAUAACUUUGCACGACCAGCAGCAUUUAAUACAAAUUCAGUUGGCAUCCUUUUCAUUAUGAACAUUGACACGGCUAUUUGCACGAAAUCCUCAACACCAUUUGCUGAAGUAACUAACAAAGUUGGCUUCUUUCAAGACAAGGAAGAAGAAAUACUUUUUACAACACAUGCGAUUUUUCGUAUCAAUCGCAUUGAACAAAUUCACGAUAAUCACUGUGAUCGGCUAUACGAAGUUAAUCUCACUAUUGUCGGUAAUGACAAUCAUGAAUUAAACACACUAACAGCACAUAUCCGUAAGGAUCUUGGUGGUCGCACGGGAUUGUCUCGACUUGGGUACAUACUUAUUAAAUUGGGUGAGCCUGCAAAAGCUGAACAACUCUAUCAAAUUCUCCUUGAAAAGACGUCUUCUGAUGAAGACCGUACAGAAUAUUAUAAUCAACUAGGUUGGGUGUUUAGAUCAUUUAUGAAAAAACAACAAUUGUGGAUAUGUACAACAGAUCAUCUUGUGCUUGUCGUCUUUAUUGAUGCACAUCAAAUAUAA